UUUCUUUCUUAGAAAUUAAUGUUUUCUAGUCGUGAAGAAAUAAGGGAAUAUGCUGCACAGAUAGUAUCUCUUGUAGUAUCCAAUACAGAUGAUGAUAGUUUUGUUAGUAAAGUUGCUGAAUUGACAAAAAGUAUUAAAUCCCAGAAUCUCGAAGAAAAACAUGGUUCAUUAAUUGCUUUAGGUUAUACUCUUGGAAGGAAAUUAUAUAUUUUGAAACACAAAAAUAAAGAAGCAAUACAAUCAUUACUUCAAGCUUCUUGGGCUGCAGAUGCUGUUAAAUUAAUAGCAUCACUAAUUCAAAGUAAUGAACACCAAUUAAGUAGUGCUGCUUGCUUAUCUAUUGGAGAAAUUGCUCGCAAUGGACCAUUGCCUCUUGCUAAUGAAGAAAGGUGUACUGAUGAUGUUAUGGAUCAAAAUGAAAAUCUUUUUUGUUCUAAACUUUCAUUAGUGAAUUUAUUAGGAUUACUACUAAAAAAGAAUCAGGCAAUAACAAAAUUAUAUGAACGUGCUUCUUUAACACUUGGGUAUUUGUGUGUAGGAGAUGAAAAUUUUCCUUUUAAUAAAGAAGUGAUUGAUAUCCUUCUUCAGACUGCAUUUCAUGAUAUGGAUAUUGAUGUUCAUUUUUCUGUUGGUGAAGCUCUUGCAUGUGCUUGUCUAGGACCAAGUUCUCCAUCUGCAACAGAUUUUUGGACUGUUGACAGAAAUGACUAUAAGGUAAAUACAUCAAGUCUACAAUACCAUUAUCAAAACAUUAAUUUAUUUCUUUCAAAUUUUACUAGAUAAAAAUGGAU